AUGUUCCGAGUACCUUUAGCUACAAGUUCGACGAUAGUUUCGGUUGACAAAUUUUGGGCAGCAGUUUUAUUAUAUCAUGAUAGGCCUCAUUUAGUAAAUCGUAACCUGGUGGCGUGUUCCCAAGCUGUAUUUUGUCAAAUUAUUCUCAGCAAAAGUGGUAUUCUCCUAAACGAAUUGUUUAGUAAAUAUGCCAUUUUGUAUGAGGUUAGAAAAUUGAAAGCCAUAUCCAAGGACUUUAUCAAUUUAGCUUUUGUUAUGGCUUUAGUCAAGAGUUAUGACAAAAAUGCAAAGUUGGUUUUGAUUACCAUAGAAGAUUUCAAGGCUGCUUGCAGUGGCACCUUUGUUUCUAUCAGGGUCUUAUUUCCAAGGCCAAAAAGCUGCCAAAAGUCUCUUGAAUUUGUAACCUUCGACAAAGAUGUCAACCGUGCAAGGUUUCUUAGUGUAAAUAAUCAUGAAAAGCUUCAUAUUGCUCCACCUUUUGCUUAUGAAAUACAGCUAGGAAUGGACUCUCAUUUAGUAAUUAGCCUAGAUUCUUUCGAAGAUGCUGAUACUGUUCAUGCACAGUGGAUUGCUGAUAAGUUAUUUACAAAACUUUUGAAGUGGAUUGACAAUUUUAAUGAAAGCAAGAAGACAAUACACUCUUUGUCACUUGUAAAUAUUGAUGAAUAUUGUUCUAUCUACAACACUCUAAAAGAUAAAUAUGGGCAAAAUUUAAUCAAAUUAUGGCCUUCAAGAACAACUACAAAUCCUCAAAAGUAUAUUUUUGAGGACAUAGCAAUCGCAAGUUUUCUUAUUUGUAUUUGGAAAACUGACAAACAUAUCAAUUUUGUGGAUUGUGGAUGCGGUAAUGGACUUCUAGUGUACCUCUUGACUCAAGAAGGCUUUUCUGGAUAUGGUUUGGACGUCCGCAGAAGACCAAUUUGGGAUAUAUAUCCAGAUAACACAAAGCUGCUAGUUAACACAGUAACACCAACUUCGGUGUUUCCAGAAUGCACAUGGAUUAUAGGGAACCACUCGGAUGAGCUGACACCUUGGAUACCUGUAAUAGCUCUCAAAAGUAGUCCACACACCAAUUUUUUCGUCCUUCCGUGUUGCCCUUAUGAUUUUUCUGGCAGAAAAUAUAUUCGAACCAAUGGAUCAAUUAGUUCAUAUGCAGAUUACCUGAACUAUAUAAAAAAUGUAUGCGAGACAUGUGGUUUUGAGACAAAUUUCGAUAAAUUGCGAAUACCAUCAACUAAAAGAACUUGUUUGAUAGGAAUAAGCAAAUUAAAGGAUCAACACAAUUACAAUAAACUCCUACAGGAAGUUUCAAAUUUUGUUGACUCCAAAAUUCCAAAUGACGUAGUUCAAAGAAGUGAUACUGAAAAAGUACGCAAUUGCACGCAAUUGGGUAAAAGCGUCAUUUCAAAAUUAGUUGCAUCUUGUAUUCAAAUUCUGUUAUCAAAAGCUGACUAUAUUGCUAAACCUAAUGGAGGAUUAUGGAAUAAAGGAUCGGCUGUGCAGAUAUCCGAUUUAGCGAAAAAUUUAGAAAAAGAAGAUCUAAAGUGGCUAAGGAAGGAAUGUGGUGGUCUGCAGACUCUUUUAAGAAACCAUCGGUAUUUGUUUGAGAUAAGCAAGUGUGCUGUAAGGUUAAGACUUCCAAUUAGAGCUGAAGAAACUAAUCGAUACAAUGAUAAACCGUGUUGGUUUUUUAAGAAUCAUUCAGAUGGUUGCCUAUUUGAUGGGACAAAUUGUGGAUACAGUCAUAACUAA